GCAAGGAAUUGUUUGAUCAGUGUAAUUUUUGAAUUUCACGCGUGAAACCGCGACUUUCUCGCAAUUAUCUUAAAAAUAAGUUCAAGGAAAUCACGAGUUGUGUCCCCCGGAUGAACGCCUGUUUCUUUGCCAAAUGUUACAAUCUGCGGGGCCCUUUUGGGAAGAUCAAAUUCUUUACCCUGCCGCCGGCAACGGACCCAAGACGCGAGGAAUGGCUCAAGAUGUCCGGCAAUGAGGACGCGCUUUCGCUUCCGGCCACUGCACGGCGCUACGUUUGCGAGGCGCACUUCGAGGAGCGCUUCAUGCGUAGGCAGUUUACCCGGACCUCGUUGCGCCAUGAUGCCGUCCCGUUGGACUUCCGGCAAACAGUCGACAGGGGGGAAGAUUUCUAUGUUACCACCACCCAAACACUUUCGGAAAUGGACUAUGGACAGAUGAUGAAGGAUGUUGCUGACAGUCUUACAGAUACGUCGCAAUACGUUAGCUCAUCAGUUUCUGAUGUUGGCGAGAGCUUAGAAAAUACUGCGACUGCUGGAGGCAACAAUUAUGCACAGGAAAAGCCCAGCGAAAAUCUUAAUGACUUGCAUUUGCAUAAAGUACCAAAACCAAUCGAGCCACCUAAGCACAGUUCAAAGCGGAAGAUUGAACCGGAUCAAGAACAGGUUCCAAAAAAAGUGAUUGUUUUGAAAAAACUGAUCUUUAAAGCAAAGUCGGACGCUGCUAUUGUUGACGAUUCGCAAGUUUCCUGUAGUACUGAAUUACGUGGCCAAUUUAGCAAAUAUCAUAACGAUAUGGAUUCAUCAAAAAGUUUGUCGCAAAACCACGAAAAGACCCAUCAAAAUUCCGAUAGUCAAAAUGAGCAUUUGGAUGAACCUUCCGAUAAAUCUGAUGAUUUUUCGAUUCCUGUGGAGGAGACUGAAAUUUUGCUAAACUUAUCAACGGAACCAGAACAUAGUUCUGAGAGCAUUCAAGAUCCUUCCGAAACAACAGCACCAGCUCUGAACUACCAGGAAGAAACUAAUUCAGAUUAUCCAGAAUCUCAGCUAAUAGAAGAAGCUGAUGCCAUUAAGAGCAGUACGCUAGAACAAGAUCGUUUAGAAAAUCCACCUGAAAAGUCUCCCACUAGGGAGAGGGAAACAGGAUUAUCUUAUCAGCCGGAUCCAGUUGAAUCUCGAACCAGCCAACAAAUUCCGCCAGCAUCUUCACACCAAGAGCCGAGCAGGUUGAGUGAGGAGGAAUAUUUUGCCAUGUCACUGGUGGGACCGCUUCAACGGCUGCCCCCGGACAAGCGAGCAAUAGCUAAGAUGAAAAUUCUUACCUACCUAGUUCAGUUGGAGUGUGGAAUGAAUGCUAGUUUAUAGCAGUGAUCUCGCGGUAAAGUGAACUCAGGAUGCGAAAUCCAAUAAAAAGAAAUGCACUUUUGAUGUUAAAUAAGACUAAA